CUUUCGCCCUGAUCGCGUGCUGUGAAUCCAGGCUAAGUGAGGUUUGAUCUGUGCAGCUGUCCAUAGCCUUGUGACCUGGCAAUAUUUCAGUUUGCGGCAGUAUUUCAGAGCUGUCACCCUGACUGUCCUUGGAGAGGAUUACAAGUGAAGGACGGAGCAGCAGCUUGGAACCACGCAGCAUGAAGCACCUCCUGGCUCUGCGUUCCUUCUCGACAACAGUCAGAAACCAGUUAAAAAACAAAGUGCCUCAAUAUCAGAAGAUCUUUCAGGCGGACAAUAAUCUUCCCGUUCACCUGAAGGGUGGAACAGUUGAUGCUGUGCUCUAUCGUAUUACCAUGGCGAUCACAGUCGGAGGUACAUUCUUCUCAAUCUAUCAUUUAUUCCAGGCCGCCCUACCUCGAAAACAGAAAUGACAACAAACGGGGAGUUUAGUGAGGCCGCUCCUUCAGUCAAGUGAUUUUGAUGGAUAAAUUAAAACAGCACAGAAAUGUACAAUCUUAACAUGUUAUUGUGUGCCAGAGGGUUUGUUCACUGUAUGGGAUACAGCUUGUUCCCUUUCUGUUCCCAUUUGUGAUUGCAGUUACCAUUAAAAUGUUUGAAUGAGAA